AUGGCAUCCUUGGAUAACAGCAAUAGGGGGAAAGCUUCUCCACAGGGGUGUAUCAAAAUAAACGUGGGCACUGGAUGGUCGGGGGAGACAGCCACGGGAUUUGGCAUGGUGGCUUGUUCUAGCUCUGGUGAAUUCUUGUUUGCAGCUUCGUCUUUAGAACCACAGAGGAAGGCUCCACAGAUUGCAGAAGCGUCGGCAAUGCGGUGGUGUUUAAUGGUAGCACAAGAGCUAGAGUUUGACACCAUAGUUGUGGAAUCGAAUGCUGCAGGUGUGAUCAAUGCUUUGACCUCUCCUAGGUGCCCUCCAGACAUUGCACCUAUUAUAAAAGAUUGCAUAGGCUUAACAACACAUUUUUCUGUUAUUUCUUUUUGCCAUGUAAAGAGGAAAGCUAAUGGUGUUGCACAUGCUCGGUCCUCUAUUGCCUGUGAUUUUCAGGUGUGGUGUGGUGGGAUGAUCCACCUAUUUGUAUUUGUGUUGCCCAAGCAUUCACAAGGAGUGACUUAUUUGGGUUACUAA